AUGCUUCUUGUUCACCGAGAUGAUGCUGGUGUCGAUGAUGGUUUCAGCCUUUACCAUUACCACCCUUCGAUAGCAGCCGCUGUCAUCGUGGCCCUGAUUUUCAUCGGCAUUACCAUACUUCACUUCUGGCAGCUUAUUCAGAAAAGAUGCUGGUUUAUGAUUCCUCUAGCAAUUGGCGGCAUUCUCGAAGUCAUUGGGUAUGCAGCCCGUGCCAAAUCAGGCCAGGAAAGCCCGAACUGGACUCUUGGCCCGUAUAUCAUACAGGCUAUCUUCCUCCUAGUUGCUCCAGCCCUCUUUGCCGCCUCGAUCUACAUGGAGCUUGGGCGGAUUAUCAUUAUGGUUGAAGGUGAAUCACGUAGUCUGAUUCCGCUCAAGUGGCUUACAAAGAUGUUUGUUGUUGAAGAUGUUGUCUCAUUUUUGCUUCAAGCAGGAGGCACCUUGGAAGCUGUAGACAACGGGGCCAAGAUCAUUAUUGGUGGUCUAUUUGUCCAGCUUGUCUUCUUUGGCCUAUUUAUCGUGGUUGCUGUCGCAUUCAAUUGGUCUAUUGAUACAUCCCCGACCGGAAGCUCACAUGCAGUUCCCUGGAAGAAGCAUAUACAUGUGCUUUAUGCUGGCAGUGUUCUAAUUAUGGUUCGAUCUAUAUUUAGAGCUGUUGAGUACCUACAAGGUUCUGAUGGGUAUAUCCUUAAGCAUGAAGUAUAUCUCUAUAUUUUUGAUGCUAUUCUAAUGGCUCUUGUUAUGGUUAUCUUUAGCUGGUAUCAUCCCGCCGAGAUCUUGGCGAUAAUUCUGCAGAGGGGCAAGCAUAACGGGAUGGAGUUGGGUUUUGUUCCUGCUCAGCAUUACCGUUUGACUUCCGAUGUAUAG